AUGAACCCUAAUUUUGAGACGCAAAAAUUCAAGCAUCUCAGAAGGACACAUUCUACUAUUCUAACUCCCUCUUCGCGAGUGAACAAAAAAAUUUGUUCGCUCAUGGAGAGGUGUUAAUUAUUUUUUUAAAUUUAUAUAUAAAAUUUCAUAGUAUAUAAUAUUUUUUUCGAAUUUGAAAAAUUGGAAAGCAAAAUUUUGUUCGCUCACUGAGGGUGUGUUUUUGGGCAAAGGGUAGGGAUUUUUUCAAUGGUUUUGAACGCUCACAGAGGGGUAGUAACUAAAAAAAUCGAAUACGAAAAGCAAAAUAAAGCAAAUAUCGAAGCCUCAGAAAAUGUUAAAAGACCGGUAGACAGACACCAACGAACUAAAACUGAAUUUGAAACACUAUAUGGUACAAGUCCAAGCCUUAAAAAAGAAAAGCUAUUCAUUGCAAGAAGUUUGAGGUCUUUUGAUGAUAUAAUGCGAAUUCGAAGAAGCAAAAAAAUUACAGCUGACGAGUCUAUGAAAAAGCUACAUGAAAGUACAAAUAACUUAACAACAAGAGUGAGUGAUUGCUUUAAAAAAGAAAAAAUGAUCAGCGAAGAGCUUAAAAAGGACUCCCAGCUCUUUAAACACCAAGUUUCCCGAAGCAUCCACGAGCUCACCGUACAGCCUGAAAUGAUGGUAUCGAAGAACGAAAAAGAAUUUUUAUCGAAAAUUUAUAAAAAUUUCAGACCGAAAUUAUACACUAUUUCAAAAAGCGGCGUUUCCUACCGACAUUCAACGCAAAGAAAAACAUUUUCGCUUAAAAAUAAAUUUAACCUAGUUUUGUAA